AUGGAAGCAUACUCCUCGCCAACUGAGAACUGGAGCCGCAUCACCUUCUGCAAAAAGUUCUUCAACGACCUGAAAUCCCUGGACGAAGUCACCAAAAAUGUAAAAAACCAGCGACCGGAGGUUCAGGACCACUUGGAUCAGUGGAACAACAGGGCGAGAUGCUUCUUCCAUGAGAUCACUCAUUUGAACUACUUCAUGAAUGCGCCCGAAAAGAGCCCAUUCAUUGACGAUGCACUCAUCACGUACAAGUCAAAAGAGGGUACCGUUGAAGAGGGCGCUUACGGUCCAUACAACGUCAAGGUCUUGCGAAAUUUUCGAGGAGAUGCCUGGUAUGCCGGUCAAAAUGCCGAUACCUUUGCCUGGUACGCAAUGGCGAUGUGGGCGAAAAAGGAGAUUGGGAGAUACCCUCACCUCCCAGCAGCAGGCAGUAAGAAGCCGACAAAGGCGCCUCGCCGUGGCGAUGGUACCCCAUUCACCCAACCAAAUAGUGAAAGCGAGGACGAGGAC